AUGCGUACCGCCGCCAUGACGGUCACGUGGCCGGCGGGGAGGGUUUGGAGAUGCUGCAGCUGCUGGAGAAGCUCCCGGCGGGACGGACCCCCGAGUUCCUUCAUAAAGUAGUUGAUGGCAUAUGUGGCCGUGCAUAUCCUCGAUACCAGGAUUAUGGCACCAUUUGGAGCUUGUCAGAGUGGAUGGAGGUUUUAGAAGAAACAAUGGCAUAUUUCAAAACUGCAGUUGGCAAAAACAUACCUGAUGAAGAGGCUGCUCAGCAGAUAAGUGAGUUAAAUUCAGACUACCAAGAAGCAAUCACAAAAUGUCUGAAGGGUAGAAAGGAAGAAAUCAGGAAUGCCCUAGUGGAAAGCGUAAAUGGAAUCUCUUCUGCCCAGCUGCAGGAUUUUGACUGGCAGUUAAAGCUUGCUCUCUCCAGUGAUAAGAUCUCCAUGCUGCAAAUGCCACUCCUCAAUCUUGAUUUGGAUGUGAGAGAAAAUGGUGAAAUUAAGCCGAUUUCUAUAGAGAUGAACAAGGAAGAGUUGCAGAACCUAAUAAAUGCACUGGAAGCUGCUAAUAAGAAGGAAUCUCACUGGACCUGGACAUUGCUAUUCUACUUCGUGACUACAGGCAGCUGAGGAAUGGAUUGCGUGCAGUAAAGGGUUGUCCUACAACUGAAAUGAUGGAAUUCAGAUUAUCAACAGUAUCUGCUGGUGAUGGCUCCCCAGUUGAUUUGGGGGGAAAAAAAUGUAUUCUCUGCAAAGCAAAAAGUUGUUGGUGCUGUAAAAUACUAAAGUGAGAAGGCUGUUAUGACUUGUGACCAAAUAAACUACUAAUCCUUUGAUAAAAGUAGUAAAAUCUUGUAUCUGUUUGAUCAAAAAUAUGAAAAUCCAAUGUACAGUUGCUUUUAGUACUGAAGAUUUAUAGACCUUUGGAAAAGAAUCACUUAUGACGUGUGCCAUAUUUGUUUUGGUUAAACUUUGACAGUGACCACGCAGGUGCCUAGUAAAACUAAGGCAUCUUACUUGCAUACUGUGUUACCUUAUCUGAAGUGCCAUGAUAAUAGCAUGAGAGAGUAUUUGUAGCAUUAAUAUAUUUAUAUUGUAAAUAUGGUAAAUAAAGACCUGCUUUUGUGUGUGAAUAA